ACCAGGACCCUCUGAAGCCAUGACCCUGGCCCAUCCUGCUCUCCAGUCCUGGAUGCAUCUCUGUUUCUGGUGUCUCCUUCUGAUGCCAGCAGUGUUGGCCCAACAAGGCUCACACACCCAGGCUGAGGACCGCCUGUUCAAAUAUCUGUUUGGAGGCUACAAUCGCUGGGCACGGCCAGUGCCCAAUACCUCUGAUGUGGUCAUCGUGCGCUUUGGACUAUCCAUUGCCCAGCUUAUAGAUGUGGAUGAGAAGAAUCAAAUGAUGACCACCAAUGUCUGGCUAAAGCAGGAGUGGAAUGACUACAAACUACGCUGGGACCCAGCCAAGUUUGGCAACAUCACCUCUCUCCGGGUCCCUUCAGAGAUGAUCUGGAUCCCAGACAUUGUCCUCUACAACAAUGCAGAUGGGGAGUUUGCGGUGACCCACAUGACCAAGGCCCAUCUCUUCUUCACCGGCACUGUGCACUGGGUGCCCCCGGCCAUCUACAAGAGCUCCUGCAGCAUCGACGUGACCUUCUUCCCCUUUGACCAGCAGAACUGCAAGAUGAAGUUUGGCUCCUGGACGUAUGACAAGGCCAAGAUUGACCUGGAGCAGAUGGAACAGACGGUGGACCUGAAGGACUACUGGGAAAGUGGCGAGUGGGCCAUUAUCAACGCCACUGGAACCUACAACAGUAAGAAGUAUGACUGCUGCGCGGAGAUCUACCCCGAUGUCACCUACUACUUUGUUAUCCGCCGGCUGCCGCUGUUUUACACCAUCAACCUCAUCAUCCCGUGCCUGCUCAUCUCCUGCCUCACUGUGCUUGUCUUCUACCUGCCCUCUGAGUGCGGAGAGAAGAUCACGCUGUGCAUCUCGGUGCUGCUCUCACUCACCGUCUUCCUGCUGCUCAUCACGGAGAUCAUCCCGUCCACCUCGUUGGUCAUCCCACUCAUCGGCGAGUACCUGCUCUUCACCAUGAUCUUCGUCACCCUCUCCAUCGUCAUCACCAUCUUCGUGCUCAACGUACACCACCGCACCCCCAGCACCCACAACAUGCCCAAGUGGGUGAGGGUGGCCCUGCUAGGUCGGGUACCCCGGUGGCUGAUGAUGAACCGGCCCCGGCCACCUAUGGAGUUCCACGGCUCUGCGGGUCUGAAGCUCAACCCUACUCAUCACUGGCUGGACACCCACAUGGAUGCUGAAGAAAGGGAGGAGACAGAGGAAGAGGAGGAGGAAGAGGAGGAGGAGGAAAAUAUAUGUGUGUGUGCAGGCCUCACUGACUCUUCCACGGGUAUCCUCUAUGGCCAUAGCAGCCGGCAUCUGAGGGCCCUGGGGCCUGAGGCCAAGGUGCCAUCAAAAGAGAGUGAGAUCAUGCUGUCGCCUCAGAUACAAAAAGCACUAGAAGGCGUACACUACAUUGCUGACCACCUGAGGUCUGAGGAUGCUGAUUCUUCUGUGAAGGAAGAUUGGAAGUACGUGGCCAUGGUAGUAGACCGGAUAUUCCUCUGGCUGUUCAUUAUUGUCUGCUUCCUGGGAACCAUCGGGCUUUUCCUCCCUCCAUUCUUGGCUGGAAUGAUCUGAUUUCAUGUCCCCCGUGUUGGCUUCGAGGUGGCCUCAACAACUGUCUUCUGGUCUUCUCUAACUGGAGCCAUCUCUAGAAUGUUCUUUUGGUUCAGUACCAUUUUC